AUGUCUCCUCAAAGAAUCAACGUGGCUCGUCCCAAAGAGGUCUACGACUAUAUUUUUUGUGGUGGUGGUACGUCUGGUUGCGUGAUAGCAGGCCGUCUUACCGAAGACCCCAACGUAAAAGUUAUGGUAGUAUUGGAAGCGGGACCUGACAGUGAAGAUCUAGAAUAUGUUCACAUGGCAGGAGGAUGGACCAACAGCUUCGACACUGAGCUGGACUGGAAGAUCGUUACAGAGCCCCAGGACAAGAUUAACAAUCGUCAAGUCAAAGAUACCACAGGUCGUUUUCUUGGCGGUACAAGCGGCAUUAAUGGUAGUACUGCAGAAACAUUCCACUCAAAGGAUUGGCACAGAGCUGACCUUUCAGUCCAUGGGACAUCGGGUCCCCUUCGCACAGAACCACAAGACCUAGCACCCAUUUCAGAACUCGUGCGGGAAAGCCUGAUGUUUUCCACUGGAGAAACAGCACAUGGAUGUGGUGAUGCUCCGCGAACGGUGUAUCAAGGUAUUCGAACCAUGGCCGCAGACUUCAUUACCAAAGAUCGCAAACGAGACAACAUUAUGAUCAAAACCGAGGUGACUGUUGACAGAGUCAUCUUGAGUCUAGACAGGGAUGAGAUUACUGCAACAGGUGUUAUCAAAUACUUGGCGAGAAAAGAAGUCAUAAUUGCAGCAGGUGCAUACUGCAGUCCAACAAUCCUUAUGCCUCUGCUUAUGUUCUACGAAGUCUCACCUCCAAACCUAACAAACGACCACCGCGUCUACCACGGCAGCGCCAUGGAAACUACCUACAAACUUUGGAAAGACAAGAAAACCGGCCUGGGCCCGCCUCGACUCGCGCCUCGCCUCUCCUUUCCCCCCCNCCCCCCCAACCUACUGGGCCGCGACCCCAUGGGCCUGCUACCCACACAACCCAACGUCGAGUUCUGGAGCAUGGAAUUGUAUUGGGGCCCCAAACAAUUUACCGACUAUCCUGUAGACGAUAAGCACGCGUUUGCCAUCAGGGGCAGUGUGAAACUUAGGCCGAAAGAUGCACGAGAGAACCCGAUGGUGGAUCAUAAGUACCUGGAGCAUCCUAUCGAUAUGCUUGUUAUAAGUGAGGUGUGUCGGUUUGCGAAUGAGGUUGUGAUGGAGGGGGAUGCGACGAAGGGUGUGGUUAAGACGAGUUGGCCGGAGUUGAGGCAUUAUGAGUACACGGAAAGGGAGGAGUGGGACGAGUAUGUUAAAGAGCAUGCUAUGAGUUGUUACCACCCUUCGGGCACUUGCGCGAUGGGUAGAUCAGAUGAUGUGAAUGCUGUUCUUGACUUUCGGCUUCGCGUACGUGGCGUUCGGAACCUGCGUGUUGCGUAUGUUUCGUCAGUACCAAAGGUAAAUAACGGACAUAUCCGCAAAUGCAAAUUGAAGGUCUACAAGGUACUCAUCUUCUCAGAAUAA